AGUUGGGCAAUGCCAACGGUAAACCGCCGAACUCUGGAAUGGCUCUACUCGCUGAUUCUUCUUGCUAUUGUAUUGCUUUCGUGGGGCUAUGUCAUUUAUGCAACACGAAUAGCAGCCAAAUGGCAAUUGAAGAUGUAUCCCAUAUAAGCCCAGAUUAUUUGAGACAUCUCCAGAGUGGAAUACCACAGAAAUAUACUAUAACUCCACAAAUAAUAAUCGGCAAAAACAGGAAUUCUCAGCUGGAGUGGUUGAGCUGCAGGAGUCUAAUUGAAGCUUCAGAAAUACAGCUAAAGACAACAAAACAGCUGUGAACAUCUGAUACUCAGUACUAUUAACAUAUAACUGAAAAAAUAUCUUUGAAUAUAAUUUUUUUAAAAAGAAUUUUACAUUUUUUCCACUUUACUGCUUAUUUCAAUAUGUUUCAGAAGAGUAAGGCUGGAAGGAUUACUGCAAGUCCAGUCAUUAUUACGGAAAAAUAACUAGAUACUUUGUGCAAAAAAGUUUGGUUUGGUUUUCAAGUUAAAAAUUACACUGUAAUACAGUGUACAGUAAUACAGAAAUAAACGCCUGGAUAUCUAUGGAAGGAUUGGCAAAAUAUGUAUAUACUAUCCAGUAAGAAUUUGAAGUUAAAGAUGUUCAAGUUAUUUGAUGCUAUUCUGAAAAAAAAUCCUCAUCAUACUGCUUCUAUAAAAUCCAAAAUCAGUUACUAAAUCAGGAGUAACUAAUAGAUUCAAUGGAAGUGUCAGUAUCUGCAAAACACCAAAAAGUUGUCCCCAAACUACCGACCAAUUAAUCUACCUGUGAAUGUUGUAAAUGAGAGGAUUUGUCGCACUUUUUCAUUGCUGUCAUAACUGAAUUGUUGCUGCACAAGGCAGAUGCCAAACAAGAACUACCUGUAAAUCUACCUGUAGAUUUAGGAAGUGGUAUAUGCUCUUGCUAUCUCCUGUGACAAUCUCUUGUUGCAGAUUAAUGACAAUACCAAAAUAAUGCUAUUUACUAACAAGCACAAGAGGGUAAAUUAUCACAAAGUGAUCAGAGUUUACUACAGGUAACCUGAUCCAGAAGUAUAUCAGACAAUGAUUAUUUGAUAAAGAAACUGAGGCCCGUUUCAUUCUAUUGAUAUCUUCUUAGAAAACCAGGUAUUCAGUUAUAAGGCUGUUGGAGACCUUAAUUUGAUUUUAAUGCCUCUAGAAUUAAAAGAAAUGAAUGGCAUUUCAUGACUUAAUAGUCAUAUGAAGUUUCUAGUUGGGGGACCUACAUAGUACACUAAUCUAGUAAAGACCAACCAUGCCCUUGUGGUAUAAGUUCUUUUAUCUGGAUAAAUGGUAAUGUAUAACAUCUUAACCCAAAUGAGAAAUAUUAGGCUACUGAUAAUUUGUGCAUACAUUACUUUUAACAAAUCAGUUCUGGGUUUAACUUUUAAACUGAAAUAAGCAUAUAACAAUAACUAAACCAAAUCUGAUCAGGGCAAGUUUUAUUUUUUAAUCUUUUGGGGUGGGGGCCUUAUAUCAUGAUAUGGGAUUGACCUACACUGUUAUCAUUUAAUGAAUAAAAUAUAUAAAUAGAGAACAAAGCCCAUACCUUUCUAAAACUGAAGACGUUAUCUAGUCAGAUAAUGAAACAGGCAAACAACCAACCAAACUCAGAAAGCUCCAAGGACUCUAAGAUCACAUUUUAAUUAAUUUAUUUCAUAAAAUGAGUUAUUCCUUAUGCCUUACAACAAAGUUAGAAACAAUAUUAAACAAUAACUAUUAAAACAUUAAAAACUAUAAAAAUUAAGGCCUUUUCAUCCAGCCAUAUAAUGUAAUCAAUAAGCAGAAAGACACCCUAGAUAUUCGUUAACAUACACAGCAAAAAAUUGUAACUAAGAGGAAAAAUAAAGACUUUAGUAAUACUUAACAUAGUCCUUGAUGUAUGACCCUAUUGGAACCUGUCCAUUAGGGUUGUAAAUCAAAAAUGUCGUAAAAUGAAACAGACUCAAUUUUACAACAUUUUAAUUUAUUAAAAUUAAAUUUCAUAAAACAAGUUCUUCUUUAUGCAUUAUAACAAAGAUCAAAACAAUAGUAAACAAGUAAUUAUUAUAAAAACAUUCUUCAUAACUUCCUCUUUUACCGCUUCAGGAGUCAAAGGAGAUACAAAUUCUGGUUCUUGUUCUUGUUCUUCUGGUUGCUUCAACCAUUGUUAAUCAAAAAUUAAAAACCAAGGCCUUUUUAUAUAAAGCUAUAUAAUGUAAACAAGAUGUAUAAGGACAUUAAAUAUUGGUUAAACUACAAAGCAAAAACUUGUAACAAAGAGGAAAAAAUAAGGUUUCUAAGAAUAUUUAACAAAGAAUAUAUAGUAAUUUAAGGCGCUUUUCUUGCUUUAGUCACUCUUUUUUCAUUCCUCUUGGAUCUUCUUUUCUGAGGAGAGGCAUUCAUUAUUCUUAUGAUUGGCAGCACCAUCUCUGGAACCUGCAGAGGAGGGUGUUGCAGAUCUACUAGCAUCUGUGGCACUAAAGC